AUGAGUGUGUUACUUGAGACAUCCCUUGGCGACUUGGUCAUUGACCUGCUAGUCGAUGUCGCUCCGAAAGCCUGUGAGAAAUCUUCCAUCUACCUCGUGCAAAAGAAUUUCACCUUUCAAACCGGCGACCCAAUCGGACCCGGCUCGGCCGAUAGCGAUGGAGGAUCUUCAAUAUGGGGGUUAUUGAAGGGGCCUACGCACAAAACAUUCGCCGUUGACAUGCCGACCAGACUCAAACAUACAGAACGAGGCACCGUGAGCAUGGCAACUGUGCCGUCGCCAAAAGACCCCGACGAACGCCUGGCUGGAAGUCAAUUCAUCGUGACGUUAGGCGACAACCUCGACUACCUCGAUGGUAAAGCAGCAAUAUUUGGCAAGGUGGUGGAAGGAUUCGAUGUAUUGGAGAAGAUCAAUGAAGCUUUUAUCGAUGACAACGGUCGACCUUUGAAGGAUAUUCGUAUACGACAUACGGUUAUUCUGGAUGACCCUUAUGAUGAUCCACCUGGCUUGGAAGUCCCGCCCGAAAGCCCUCUUCCCUCGAAGGCUCAAUUGGCUACAGUGAGAAUCGCUGAUGAUGAAGAAUUGGAUGAGGAUAUGGACGAAGAAGCCAUGGAACAGCUCCGUCGGGAGCGUGAAGCUCGGGCACAGGCUUUAACUUUGGAAAUGGUAGGCGAUCUACCAUUUGCUGAUGUCAAGCCGCCGGAAAAUGUACUCUUCGUUUGCAAGCUUAAUCCUGUUACACAAGAUGAGGAUCUUCACCUGAUAUUUAGCCGAUUCGGUCCCAUACUUUCUUGUGAAGUGAUUCGUGAUAAGAAAACAGGAGAUAGCCUGCAGUAUGCCUUUAUUGAGUUUGAAAACCAAAAAGACUGCGAGCAGGCCUAUUUCAAGAUGGAAGGCGUCCUAAUUGAUGAUCACCGUAUACAUGUGGAUUUCUCUCAAAGUGUAUCCAAACUUUCAGAUACUUGGCGGCAGGCUACAGUUCAAAAACGGCAAGGAGGAGGGUUUGGUGGUAUAUCUAGUCUCGAACGAAAACGCCAGUAUCGCACAGCUGAAGCCCGUGGCCGGACUGAUCGGUAUGGCAUGGUUUUUGAUAAAGAUGAGAUGCGCCGUCCACCGCUAGAUCAAGACCAAAAGUCCUCGCAGCCGCGGUCACGCAGUCGCAGUCGUAGUCCUGACCGAAGAGGUCCUCCAAGACGUUAUGAUGAUCAGCGACGUGAUGACCGCUACAAAGAUGGAAACCGGAACCGAGAACGAGAUCGAGACCAAGAUCGUAAUCGCAAUCGAGACAGGUAUUCAUCCGACAGAAGAGACUACGAUAGACGACGAUGA